UCAUACAUGUCGUCACCUUGUGACAGAGAUAGUCGUUUUCAUCUAAACAGAUGGGCGCCUAAUUCCUCAGGUAAUUGACUCUAUAUAAACCCUAAUUAACCACGACAUGAUGUCUGCAGCAGAGCUGUUCCUGCCUCCAUGGCUUCAUCUAUAUAUAAACCCGGCAACCACUGCCGCUAAGCUGCGAAGAAGCUCCUCAGUUUCCUGAUCUCCCUCGCGUCCUCGUCCAGUCGCGUGCAUCACGACAGCCAGCCUAGCCAUGAAGCCUAGCGUUGCCGCCCUCCUCGUGUCCUUCGUGGCGCUGCUCUUGGUCGCCGCCGUGCGGGGCGAUGACGACGGCUGCGGGUCGCCGGAGUCGGCGGGGCAGGACCGGGCGCGGGCGAACCAUCUCAAAAUCGCGGCCUUCUUCUCCAUCCUGGUCUGCGGGGCGCUGGGCUGCUCCCUGCCCGUGCUGGGGCGGCGCGUGCCCGCGCUCCGGCCCGAGGGCGACGUCUUCUUCCUAGUCAAGGCGUUCGCGGCGGGGGUCAUCCUCGCCACAGGGUUCAUCCACAUACUCCCCGACGCGUUUGAGAAACUCACGUCGCCCUGCCUGCUGCCUUCCGACGGGCCGUGGCACGACUUCCCGUUCGCCGGGCUAGGGGCCAUGGUCGGCGCCAUCGGCACGCUCGUCGUCGACACCGUCGCCACGGGGUACUUCACGCGCGCCCAGCUGAACAAGGACGGAGCGCACGGCCACGGGGCGAUAACCAGCAGCGCCGCCGUCGUGGACGAGGAGAAACAGGCCGCUGCGGCCGCCAGCGAGGAAGCCCGUCGUCACGAGGGCGGGGAGCAAGAGGUACACGUGCACACGCACGCUACCCAUGGCCACGCCCACGGGUCGGCAGCGCUCGUGGCGGCCGUUGGCGGCGCCGAGGACGAAAAGGACACGAUCCGGCACCGCGUAAUCUCUCAGGUACUUGAGUUGGGUAUUGUGGUGCACUCGGUGAUCAUCGGCAUCUCCCUCGGCGCGUCUCAGGACCCGGACAAUAUCAAACCUCUCGUCGUCGCCUUGAGCUUCCACCAGAUGUUCGAGGGAAUGGGCCUUGGUGGCUGCAUAGUUCAGGCAAAGUUCAGGGCUAGGUCCAUCGUGACCAUGAUCCUCUUCUUCUGCCUCACAACGCCGGUGGGGAUCGCCGUCGGCUUUGGCAUAUCGCGAGUGUACAACGAAUACAGCCCGACGGCGCUGGUGGUGGAGGGCGGCCUCAACUCCGUGGCGGCUGGGAUCCUCAUCUACAUGGCCCUCGUCGACCUCCUCGCCGAGGACUUCAUGAACCCCAAGGUGCAGAGCAGGGGGAAGCUUCAGCUCGGCAUCAACAUCUCCAUGCUGGUCGGUGCAGGCCUCAUGUCCAUGCUCGCCAAAUGGGCCUAGCCGCAAGCCUACAACAUGAAACAGUUUCCCUACAACAUGAACCAGUUUUGCUCCAUGACAUAUAUAUGUACAGACGUCCCCCUAUUGGGUCGUCGAAUUUGAAACGAUAUAAUCUCCCAAACUAGGUAAUGCCAACCCAGUAGCUUAGGCAUAUAAAGAAAACUAGUUCUGGACUGAAAGUUUGGGAGGUGCGCAAAGUGUGAGUGUUUAUCGCAAGGCAUGUCGACAUUAUGUCGCCAGCUUUGACCAGGCUUUCAACCAAAACUGAUGGACAGAAAUUCUUCACGUAGAUGAUGCCAUAUCCGCCAAAACAAAAUGAGUAUAUUAUUGACUUUGACCGA